AUGCCACCCACACCAUAUCCCAUUCGCCGUCGUCCCGGUAUUGUUGCUCGAGAGCGUGCCAGAGCGACUCCAGCCCCCGAGGACGACGCGACCGAGUUUCGCAAGCCCAACCUACCGCCGCUGCACGGCACACCAAGCGCGCGUAGGCAGUACACAUACGGAGCAGCCGCAGAACCAUCGCCCGCCAGACCACUCUUGCGCGGCGAUGUCGUCGACCUCAGCGGGGCAGUACAGGGUGCUCUGGAGAGACAGGAGCAGCAACAAGCGGCGCAGCACCGUCGACAGUCAGGUGCCGACUUGUUUCUCGAGGAAGCUGAACGCCAAGAGCGUGGCAGCGUCGAAAAUGACGAGGAUAGGCAAGCAAUGCCUCCACCCUCAUUCAAGCCACUUCAAAAGUCAAAAGAAGUUGGUUCUGUAUCUCUGUCAGAACACAGAGAUGAUAGUGACGGAGAUGUUGCUCGCGGCUUUGACAUUGAAAGCGACUACUAUAGCGAAGCAUCGAUAGCAUCUUCGCCAGUCGCUGCGCCAAUCGUCGAGCAACAUCAAGACUCCAGCGCAGUGCUUCAGAGGCGAGCAUCCGAACACCAACCUCUUGGUUAUCCGGAGCUGCCUUCACUCUCAUCCGAGGUACCCCGGCGAUCCUCGAAUGCUGAGAACGAGCAGCCCAGCUCGCCAAGCGCACUGGGCACACCCGGUCUUCGCAGUAGUCCUCGACGACCGAAGCAGCCACAGCCCAAAACCGUCACCCUGGGCAAUCAGAAGCCUAGUGAAACGGCUUCUGCUAAUGCCCGACGCCUGCGUGAAAAGAACCCGACCACAAAGCUCAGCAGCACACAGGCCUUGCUGACAGGCCAAGAUACGAUGGCUGCACAGAGCAUUGUGCAAGAGAAAAAGCGGUUUUCGAGCCGCUCAGAGUCUGGUCAGCGCGCGCCUCUACGCCAGCGAAGUGGAAACUCAGACCACGUAACACGCGACGUCGAAGAAGCAACAGCAGCUCGCCCAAGCCUAUUCGCCCAGGCUAAAGAUGUUGCGGUUUCAGCGAGUCCAUUUUCCACUCGCUCAUUCUACGCAUCGGAUCAUGGCGAGAUGGACGACGCCAUGCAAAAAGAAAUACAAUCCAAUGAGAGCGAAUCUGAAAAUGGCGACUCCCGGCAGCAUUGGUCAUGGCUCAGAUCCUUGACCAUGCUGUCGCCUUUUCGCCACAAUCAAGACGAUUUGCGUACGGACACCAUCAAUUGGUGGCAGCUUUUGAACCCGUACACCUACUUCGAGGCUCUAUGCUGGCUUUUCAGCGCUGCAUAUGCCUCUGGUUUGGAGUUGGUCAAUAAGCUUUGCCCGCAAACGCUCCUGGAUGGUCUUUUCUCUUCACUGGGCAUGGUGAUGUACUUCGUUGCCGCGAUUAUCGGGCUCAUCACACUGUUCAGUGUGGUGCAUGCAACCCUCUCUGGCAAGGUAGACGACGACUUUAGCAUGGAUCGUCUUCUCUCAAUGCCCGAAACGCACUGGCCAGGCUUGGGAUACAUGGCUGGAAAGGCUCACGGGUUUCUACCUGCGUUUUCUUGGCCCACAUGGAGCCAGUCUUCGUCAUUGCCAGAUCUGUCACAUCUGGACAAUGACGGCUUGGCCCGCUUGGAUGAGUACUUGAGACAGUACCAGCGCGAGUUUGAGCGCAUCCAGCAAGCGGGCAAGCUGCAUGAAAAAUCGCUGAAGAAACUCGAAGCAGUCGUGCCAAAACUGGUGCAUGUCCAGCUGGAGGAUGGCAACCCCGUGGUUGCGCAAGAAUUCUGGCACGCGCUGAGGGACCUCAUUCACCGUGAUGGUGACUUUUUGACCUUUGAACAGAAAGAUGGCUCGUACGAGGUCGCGUCCGAGGCGCAUUGGCAAGCCAUUGCGUCUCGUAUUACCAAAGACCCGACCUUUACGAAGCAAAUCAACAUGACGGUCGAUAGCAUGGAAGCGCGUAUUAAGGAAGGUGCAGCAGGAUUCUGGGAUGCCUGGAUCAAGAACAAUGACGCCAAGAUUUCAGAGAUGCUUGGGUCUGCGCUUGACCAGAUACAGAAUGCUGGAUCGCAAAGAGAGUUUGACAAGAGGCUGCAGCGCAUCGUCAAACAGCACAUUGACGAGAGCAACAAGCACUCUUCAGUCGUCUCUCGCGAAGAAUUUCUGCGCCACCUCAAAAACGAAUUCGCUACACAUCGCGCAGAGGUCCGGGCCGAACUGGUUGAGCUCCAACCGCGGCUCGAAGUUUUGAUUCGCCAGGCAGCAUUACUGGCUGGAAAGGGGGCUCCGGAUAGCAUGAGCAAGGCGGAAAUCGUCACUCUGGUCCACGACUUGGUCACCAAGGCAAUGGCGGAUAUGAAUCUGGAGGCUAUGGCACGCGGCCAGAUUCACUCGCAUUGGGAUAACGUUUUGCGACACCAGAUUAAUUACUUUGGUGUCGGUGCUGGCGCGACAAUAGAUGCGCAGCACACCUCGCCGCCCUUUAAGCCACCCAAGGAUUCGACGUAUGUCGUACAAAAGGGUCUCAAGGGCGUGCAAACACCUAUCCCACGAGUGGCCCUGGAGCCGUGGUCGGAUGAGGGAGACUGCUGGUGCGCGGCGCGCUCUGUGAACCACAGAGGCAACCCGCACGGCGCCAUUCUGUCUGUGCAGAUGGCGCAUCGCAUCAUCCCGCAGCACAUUGUGGUUGAGCACAUUGUUGCCGCGGCCACGACAGAUCCCAACGCGCGACCCAAGGAAAUUGAGGUCUACGCCGAGAUCGACCCACAGCUCCGCGACGUCGUGAAAGAAUUUUCGGCGAAGCAUUUUCCGGACAUUUACCCGCUCGGUGAGGAUAACGCCGGCUGGAAUGUCAGCCCCGCCGCGCUUCCGGCGCGGUUCGUGAAGAUUGCACAGUUUGUCUAUGAGGACGUCCAGCCUCAUGACGGAGUGCAGGUUCACAAACUGAGCGACGAGUUGCUCGAUUUGGGCGCCGCGACGGACCAUGUCAUUGUCCGCGCGGUGAGCAACUACGGCGCCAAAUGGCACACCUGCUUUUAUCGGGUGAGGCUGUACGGGGAGAGCCGGGACUACAGAGGUGUUCCCUGGUGA